AUGAGACCAUCUAUUCGCAAUGGGUCGACGUUGUCGAAGGACGAAACUGCAUGGCUGGAACAACGACGAAAUGUUACUGUGGAUGCGAUGAUGCAGUUCCUGGGCCGACUGGACUUGGGCUCCUUUAACGCGACUUCAUACAUUAAGAAGCAUGCGGCCAAUACAUCUGGGCUCCCAAAUAUUGGCCUUGCCGCAUCAGGCGGUGGUUACCGAGCAUUGAUGAAUGGCGGAGGCGCCCUACAGGCCUUUGACUCUCGAACGGUUAACUCCAGUCUUCCGGGCCAUCUAGGAGGUGUCCUACAGUCGGCGACUUACCUCACUGGGCUCAGCGGCGGCAGUUGGCUGGUAGGGAGCAUCUAUUUAAACAAUUUUACGGACGUAACGUCCCUGCGUGACAGUGGAACGGUGUGGCUGUUCCAAGAUUCCAUUUUUGUCGGCCCAACGCAGAGUGAGCUCUUCGCCGUCAGGACGUCCGAGUACUUCUCACAGAUACAGGAUGCGGUGACCGGAAAAUACAGCGCUAGCUAUAAUUCUUCCAUAACGGAUUACUGGGGUCGGGCGCUCGCAUACCAACUUAUCAAUGCCACCAAAGGCGGUGUCGGUUAUACCUGGUCAUCCAUUGCUCUGAGUAGAGAUUUCCAGAGCGGAGGUAUGCCCAUGCCUGUUGUCGUAGCGGACGGUAGAGCUCCUGGACAAAUCCUCGUUCCUGCAAAUACGACAUUGUUCGAGUUCAAUCCGUGGGAAUUCGGCUCCUUCAAUCCUCCCCUAGAGGCAUUCGUGCCCUUGGAGUUUCUCGCGUCAAACUUCUCUGCCGGGGCGCUUCCCACAGACCAACAGUGCGUUCGCGGAUUCGACAACGCCGGGUUCAUCAUGGGGACGUCGUCAUCGCUCUUCAACCAAGCAUUCUUAAUGGUCAACAAUACUGAGGCAUCGAAAGCAAUGAAGAAUUCCGUCAAUCGGAUCCUGAGCUCGAUUGGAGAGGCCAACCAAGAUGUGGCCGUUUACGAACCGAACCCCUUUUAUCUAUACACAAGCCAGUCCCAAUACUCCAGUUCUACCGUCUUAACCCUAGUGGACGGUGGAGAGGACCUUCAAAAUAUACCCCUGGAGCCACUUCUGCGGCCGCAGCGCAAAAUAGAUGUGAUUCUGGCGCUAGAUUCGUCUGCUGAUACGAGUUCGCAGUGGCCGAACGGCACCGCCAUGGUCGCCACGUAUCAGCGCAGUCUGAGCUCCCUGGGCCACAGCAGUGGUAUCGCAUUCCCAUCCGUGCCGGACCAGAACACUUUCAUUAACCUGGGCCUUAACAAUCACCCUACUUUCUUCGGCUGCAACAGCUCUAACGUCAGUGGCUCGGUGCCGCUGGUUGUCUAUAUCCCAAACGCGCCAUACAGCUAUCAGUCAAAUGUGUCAACGUUCGACCUGCAGUAUAAUACCACAGAGCGCGACGCCAUAAUUGAGAACGGAUAUGAGGUCGCCACGCUGGGUAACGCAACAGCCGACCCCGACUGGCCGACCUGCCUAGGCUGCGCGAUCUUGAGUCGAAGUCUGGAGCGCACCGACACAGCCGUCCCAGAGAGGUGCACGAUGUGUUUCCAGCGAUAUUGCUGGAAUGGCACGAAGAAUAGCACUGAUCCGGGGAACUACUAUCCUGCCUACAAACUAUCGCAAAUAUAA